AUUCACUGUAGUAUACAACUUCAGUAGAAGCAUUAGUAUCUCUCUAUAAUUUAUCUUAAUUUCACCGGCCAAAAUAAAGUGAUAACGCGUACAAGUUGAUAAAAAAAUAAGAAUUUCACAAUAUGAGCAACAAGUCCAUCGAUGAUUAUCCAAAAUGGGCAACACGUGUUUUUUUUACAAAUAUUCUGAAUAAUUAUCUUCCGGGCAACAAAAGCCAUAAAUUGCUAUCGUAUAGUGUAAAAACAUCACAAAGUGCCGGACAAAACUAUGCCAGCGAGAUGUUUUUUGGUGAAGUUGAAUACUCUGAAAUGUCUGGAAGUGUACAAGGUCAACUUCUUUCCAUCAUCAUUAAGGUGAAGCCUGAAAGCGAAAUGAGACGAAUUGUACUUAACAAAAUGUACACUCGAGAGAUUAUUAUCUACCGAGACGUCUUACCAAAGAUUAGGGAACUCUUGGAUAGCAUAAACUAUGAUACAAAAAUUGCACCACGAUGCUUAUUAGCUCAAUAUAACCCUAUUGCAUUGCUAGUUUUAGAAAAUGUAUCAAAAUCACCCUUGGCUUAUCAUUCAGUCGACAGACGUCAAGGAUUAGAUUUUGGACAAGCAAGAAGUAUUUUGGGAAAACUCGCUACAUUCCACGCAUGUUCCAUCAUAAUCAACGAGAGGUAUCCUGAAUUGUUUGUACCAUUUCACGAUCCAACAAUAUCCCAUCACCCUGACCAAGAGAAUUUCGUGAUAUUUUUCCGUGUUGGAGUUCGAGGUCUUCUAGCUGAAGUAACAACGUGGGACGGUUAUGAGAUGAUGACAAAAAAAUUAGCCAAGUUGGAAACAACAAUUGUGGACAAAGGUGUCGAUGUAUAUAAAUGGCAGAAAAAUUCAUUUAAUGUACUCAAUCAUAAUGAUGUAUGGACGAGUAAUUUGAUAUUCAGAAGCAACAAGGAUGGUUCACUCAGGGAUUCUCUCCUACUUGACUAUCAACUCUGCAAUUGGGGUUCACCAGGAAUUGAUUUAAAUUUUCUUCUCUACGGUUCAGUUCAGGGUCACGUGAGACAAAAUAGAUGGACAGAAUUGGUCCAAUACUACCACUCAGUAAUGGAAGAUAUUCUGAUAAAGCUGAAAUAUUCAGGAAAAAUUCCCACUUUCCAAGAUAUUCUCAAUGAAGUGGCCCGAACUGGCUUUCAUGGUGUUAAUGCAGCACUUUGCUUAAGACCAAUGGCAAUGAUGCCUCCAAGAGAAAACAUUCACAUGGAGACAUUUCUCAGUGAUGACAAAGAGGGUGUAGCCUUCCGUAAGCACGUGUACAGUAAUCCAGAAUAUAGAAAAUUCAUUGAACCUCUUCUACAAGAAUUCGACGAAAAAGGCUAUUUUGAUUAGUUAAGUUAGAUAUUAAAAAUGAAAAAGUAGACGAACUGUCUUUUCUGAAAAGUGUAUGUAAUAAUCGUAUAUAAUCAUUUCCUCCUAUAUGGUGUUAUGUAAUAAAUAUGACAAAAAUUAGAAACAGUACAAAA